AUGGUGGCGUUGUCCUUUUGCAGCUUGCCCCCUGCGAGCGCGGGGCGCCUGACGGGGGCCGGCGCGUUGCUGCGCGUCGACACGCUGGGCGCCCCAGGGCCUGGGGCGUACAACGUGCCUGGCAGUUCGUCGCUGUGGCGGGCCCUCCAGAGAGCGGGGGGCGCGGCGGCGGCGGCGGCUGCGGCGGCGGCGGCGAGUGGCGCGCAGGGCCCGAGCGCGGCCGCGACCGGAGGGCCCGACGGCCGCGGUGUCGAGGCGCCCGCGCCGGCGGCAGCCGUACGUUGCGACGCGGAGCACAGAGGCCAGGGCUUGGCGGCGCCGCAGGGGGCGCUCGACGUCGGCGUGGACACGAGACGCGUCCGGUCUCGGGAGCAGACUCUGCGGCGCCUUGCGGGCGAGGCGGGCGUCCCACUGCUGCCGGCCACCCUUGACACAGUCGCCCUCCUCGCAGGUGCGCUGAAAGUGGGGCGGUACCGCACGGGGCCGGAGUACGUUUCCCUGUGGCGCCACCUGCACUGCAAAGCUGGGUUCGCGUGGGGCCCGGAAUUGUCCGCGGCGGCAAAGGAGGCCAACCGUAGCCUGCAGCGUGGCAUCGGGCCGGCGAAACAGGCAGAGACCGUGCGCUUCGAGGAGGUGCUGGAACGCGCACCGUUGACUGAGCCUGUAGCCAUAGGCGGCCCGAUCCGGCCCACUGACAUGGUCAUCGUGGCCACGGCGUGGAUGCUCCGCGGCGCGGAGGCCGCCGCCAUCCUAGGGGAGCAGGCUCGGGCGUCGGCGGAUUCCCAGGUUGCGUGCAUCGAGCUCGGGGCCACUAAGACCAACCCCGAAGGCCGCGAGUGCACGCGCAGCCUGAUGUGCUCGUGCGCUGUACCCGGCCAGGCCGGGCUCGCUGAGAAGGCGUGUCCCGUGCACGCCCUGUUGCGGAUCCUGCAGGAGAGGGAUCGCAGGGGGUGGGACGGGAAGUUCCCCCUCUUCCCGUCCGGGGGAGGCACCGCGCCCUCGAGGGAGGGGGUCGUGGCCACCCUGCGGCGAGUAGCCGGGGCGGCACGCCUCUCCGAGCAUUCGCUCAGGAGAAUGGGCGCCCAGUACUACGCGAGGCGUGGGGUUCCCAUGGCGCACAUCGAGUUCUUGGGGCGGUGGGGAGGGCCCACCGUCCGCAAGUACGUUGGGGACGCCUUGGGCGAGCGGGUCUCGGAAGCUUCCCGGGUGGCCGCGGCAGGGGGCCCGGGUGGCCGGAGCGAUCCGGGGCCCUCGUUGUCAGACCUCAAAUCGUUACUGCGAGAGGUAGUAGCGGAGUGUGGCGGGACAACCGUAGAAGCGGAGGUCGAGAAGAGGUGCGCGGCGGCAUUUGCUUCUUGGGAGGGGAAGUUGCACGCGGCCUCAGAACAGGCCCACGAGGUGUGGGCCAAGCAAUGGGCUGCCGAGCGGAAGGAGCUGGUGGGGGGCGUCCGCAGUACGGAGGGGGAGGUUCACGAGGUGGUUGUGGGUGACGCUGUGUUUCCCACGGACAUGUGGGUCGCUCGGUGCGGUUGGCGGUUCGGGCGCUCGUGGCACGAGAGGUGCCCGGUCACAGGCGUUUCGUGCAAGAAAUGCCUCGCGUCCCGUCAGCGCGCCAUCGGGCAAGUGGGGUGA